AUGCGGUUCCAGAGUGCGCUUUGUAUUGGUCUCAUUACAUUUCUAAGCCAGAGUCUCAUACAGGUCCAUACUCUGCCCGAGAGGACCGCUCAUGCACAGGACAUAGGGAGGCGAGAAGAAAGCCUCCUGGAUAAGCUAGAAAAGGCAUGGCCGAACGUUAAGGACAGAGAAGCCAUCACCGAGGAAUACAAGGAGUUCAUGGAGGAGGAAGGUGCCCGGGUAGUAGUGUUCAAAGCCCAGGUCUCAGGACUCAACGACAACAAGGGCGUGAUGUUCAAGAGGCCCUUCGGAAACAACAGGCGGAAAUACGAGGAAUCUGAGAAAGCCUUCGUGAACGAGGUGGCAGCCUACGCCAAGAUUCAAGGCAAACCCAUUGGUCCGGAGUUCCUGGCACUGGCGAUAAACAAGAAGAAGCAGCUUAUCGGUUUCCUCACUGCUCUGAUCGACGGCGGACAAGAUACAGACAUAAACGACGAGAAAAUCUGCGUGGUGAAGCUGAAAGCUUUCCACGAAGCUACUGGUUACAUCCACGGAGACAUCAAACCGGACCAGUGCGUUGUGAAGGAUGGGGUAGCAUGGCUCGUGGACUAUGAGUUCUCAAGGCAGUUGAAGGCAGGUGAGGACGAAACGAAAGAGAUGAUGGAGUGGGAGGUGAAAAAGUUGGAGGCGGAGUUUCAAGACCCCCCCUAUGACGACCAAAACUGGCUAUACCCUGCGUAUUCGGGUUCGGAUUCAAAUUAG